AUGAUAGAAGCCCCCUCUGCCACCUCACCUCAACACCACCGAGAAUGGCAGCAGGAGGCACACUUUUUUGCCAGCCGGCUUCCAGUCGUAGCAGGGACUGGGAGGGAAGAAUCUGUUGGUGACGGCUGGCAGUUUUUUUUUCCCUCUGCCCAGCUCCUAGAAGGCCGUACGUGUACUCUUACUUGCCAGCCUCGUCAUGGUUUACUUGCUCUCCGGGCCUCCUGCACUGCCUCCAGGACGACGGAUGGUGGGAGGUCCGGUCAAAUCGUUAAUAUCCAGAAAGCCACAAGCGAGCAACAGAGUCCUGUAGCAAGGCUGGUCUUGGUCUUGGUCUGGUCGACUGCCGUUCUGACCCCACGCGCGGGUCUCUGA